UCUUCUUUGCUUUGCCCUAAAAAAUAUAUUAUUAUUAUUAAUAUUAUUACUCCACCUCUUCCAUUCCAUUCAAUUCAAUUGAUUUUUAUUAUCCCCACACCAUCAAACCAUUUCUGUUUGUUUCCAAUUUGUUUGACCAAAAAGGAGAUUCUCCAUGGAGUCACAGGAUAAGAGAAUGUGCAACACAGAAUCUGUUUUUGGCGCGACCGUUGAUUGUAAUGCUCAUCGAGUGUAUGAUGAGGAUUUCAGUGACAUUCUUAACAUGCUUGAUUUCCCAAUGGAGAGUCUGGAAGGAGAUGGUUUUGCUGAAGAUUGGGCCUCUAGACUUGGACCGAUACCAUCUGAGGUGUUCAGAGAGGCUAUACUGCCAUCAGGCUCUCAAACUGGCGGUGCCAAUACCACCAAUAACUUUGGCUCCUACGCGGAUCUACCCUUCGACUACCCUGUGCUUAAUAACAAAACUGGUCAACAAAAGUAUAACCUGGGUCAUGAUGAAGAAAUCUAUAAAAACUAUCAAAAUGUCAAGAUUUCUCAGCUACAACAACAGACAACUUUUGUUGAAGAAAGAAAGCUUUACCCUUCACAAGCAUCCUUCGAGGCACCAAGUCCAAACUCGGUCCUUGAAAGCCGCUCCUCCAGCUCAAGCAAUAAAGGCGUCGUCUCAUUCGGAACUGAAGUCCCGGUUCCCGUAAGAACUCGAAGCAAACGUGUGAGACCAACUGCCAAUCCAUGGUUGCUGUCCCCUUUCUUAGUACUUCCAAACAAAGGCAAAAAGCGGAAAUCACCAUCUCAGAUUCCUGUUACCAUGGAAGCAAAAAAAUCUGUUGAUACAGUAGGAGUCAAGAAAUGUGCCCAUUGUGAAAUAACCAAAACCCCACAAUGGAGGGAGGGCCCAAUGGGCCCUAAAACACUUUGUAAUGCAUGUGGGGUCCGGUACCGGUCCGGGCGGCUUUACCCUGAGUACCGCCCGGCUGCAAGUCCGACUUUUGUUCCGGCUCUGCACUCGAAUUCUCACAGGAAGGUGAUAGAGAUGAGGCAAAAGGCGGUUGAGUAAGCAAGCAUGCAUGCGUUUAAAAGGAAGCAGGUAAGAGGGUUUUCGUGUUUGUUUUAUUAUGUUUGAAAAUUUUGAGUCAUAUGGAGGAUCUUGAUGGUGAUGUUUGUGUACAAAGAUGAAAGGAAAACAAUUAAGGACCCGUUUGAGGGUGAUUAGUUCUUAGGGUUUAAAUUUAGAAUAAUAUGUUUGGAGGUCAAGUAGGUUACAAUUUUGAGUUAGUAGGAGUAGCUCUUGUGAGAUGUAAAGUAUAUUUGACUAUUGACUUUUGUGUUUUUUAGUUCCUGAACUUCAUUCUCAGUUCAUCAAAUUUUGGUUUUAUGUUUUCUGCCA